AUGUUUACGCCGCAGAGGAAAGCACGGCCCACAUCUGCGGCGACAACAUUCUCACCGCAUCGAGUCGGUUCAACGCCUGGUUCUCGCCUCACGCCAUCCGCCAAAGGUAAAGCUGUCGUCAUCGCUGACGAACCGCUGCCUCCGCCGCCAUUAGGUUCUCUGAGUGAGGCUAGAGGUGAGGUGAUGGUUGGUUCUGGGUUGGAUGCUGGGUAUGCUGAGGAUUGGAAGAAGUUUAGGGAGGUUGGAUUGUUGGAUGAAGCGGUGAUGCAGAGGAAGGAUCAGGAAGCGCUUACGGAGAAACUCUCGAGGCUAGAAAAAGAGCUUUUUGACUAUCAGUACAACAUGGGCCUUCUGUUGAUUGAGAAGCAAGAGUGGAGUUCAAAGUUUGAUCAGCUGAGGCAAGAACUAGCUGAAACUGAGGAGGUUUUAAAACGAGAACAAUCUUCACAUUUGAUUGCAUUAUCUGAAGUUGGGAAGCGAGAGGAAAAUUUGAAGAAAGCAUUGAGUUUAGAAAAGCAGUGUGGAUCUGAUCUUGAGAGAGCUUUGCGUGCAAUGCAAGAAGAGCUUGCCCAAGUCAAGUCUUCCUCCCAUACAAAGCUAGAUGAAGCAAAUGCAUUGGUGGAUGGAAUUGAAGAGAAGUCUUCAACGGUUAACAAGAAACUUUAUGAUGCAGAAGCUAGGCUAGCUGAGGUUAACCGAAAAAAUGCAGAGCUUGAUAUGAAAUUGCGAGAGGUGGAGGUUCGUGAAAGUUUGCUUCAAAAGGAGCGUUUAUCUGUAGCUACUGAUCGAGAAUCAUUUGAAACAGUAUUCUACAAACAAAGGGAAGAUUUAAAGGAGUGGGAGAGGAAGCUACGAGAAAGAGAGGAUAUACUAUGUGAUGGUAGGCAAAAUCUUGGCGAGAGAGAAAAUAAUGUGACUGUAAUGGAGAGAAACCUGAAGCAGAAAGCGAGAGAUCUAGAAGUGUUGGAGAAGAAUAUUGACUCUGCCAAUUCUUCAUUAAAAGAAAAGGAAGCUGAGAUAAGUAGAAGAGUAUCAGAUGUAGAUGCGGAAGAGAAGAAAGUGGAUUCUAUGAAGAAAACACUGGAGGUGAAAGAGAGAGAAUUACAUGCACUGGAAUUAAAGCUUAGUGUCAAAGAAAGAGAAGGGAUUCAGAAACUUCUUGAUGAGCAAAAGGAUACUCUGGAUUUAAAGUUGCAGCAGUUUGAGCUUGAAAUGGAACAGAAGCGAAAAUCCCUUGCCGAGGAGUUUAGCAGCAAGGAGGAGGCUUUGGAGAAUAGGGAGAUCGAAGUAAACCAUAUGGAAACAAAGGUUGGAAAAGAAGAGCUUGCUCUGAGCAAGAAAUCUGAGAGGAUAAAGGAGCAAAAUAAGGAACUUGAAACAAAGUUGAAGUCUUUAAAGGAGAAAGAAAAGACUAUGAAAAUAAAAGAGAAAGAGCUGGAGAAGGAAAAAGAGCACUUGCUUGCUGAACGGGAGAGCUUGGAGAACUUAAAUGUUGAACUUAGGAAGACUAGAGCUGAGAUUUCUCAGCAGGAGCUGCAAAUAUGCCAAGACACUGAGAAUUUGAAGCUUACUGAAGAUGAGAGAUCAGAGCAUUCUCGUUUGCAAUUGGAACUAAAGCAGGAGAUAGAGCAUACCAGAACACAGAAGGAUUUUAUUAUGAAGGAAGCUGAAAAUUUGAGGGAGGAGAGAAUUAGGUUUGAGAAGGAAUGGGAAGAAUUGGAUAAGAAAAGAUCGGAAAUUAGUGGAGAACAACAGAAAAUUGAUAAGGAGAAAGAAAGGUUAAGAAAACUGAAGAACAGCGAGGAAGAAAGGUUGAAAAGAGAGAAGCAAGAUAUGCAAGAUCAUUUAAAGAAAGAGCUGGAAAAGCUUGAAUUGGAUAAGGAAUCAUUUAGUGAUUCAAUUACACAAGAGAAAUUUCUUUUAUCUGAAAAGGUAAAAAAUGAAAAGGCACAAAUGCUUGAAGAUUUUGAAUGGAGAACAAGAAAUCUUGAUAAUGAAAUACAAACAAGGAAGGAGGAGAUGGAGAAGAACCUACAGGAAAGAGAGAGAAAAUUUCAGGAGGAGAUGGAAAGAGAGCUUAAUAAUAUUGAUUUGUUGAAGGAUGCUACUGAAAAGGAAUGGGAAGAAGUAAAGUCUAAGGAGACCAGGUUAGAGAAUGAGAGAAAAGAACUUGAGACAAACAAGCAACAGCUGAAGUCUGACCAGCAUGAGAUGCAUCAAGAUUCUGAAAUGCUCAUGAAUCUUAGCCAGAAAGUGAGGAAAGAGCGUGAGCGCCUUGUGGCUGAAAGAAAUCAUUUUAUUGCACUUGUUGAGAAACUCAGGAAUUGCAAGGACUGUGGGGAAGUUUUUAGGGACGUUGUGUCUGAUCUUCACUUACCUGACAGUAAAGAAAUAGACGUCCUUCCCUUGCCCGCCUCCCCUGUUUUAAAUUAUAAGCAAAAUAAGAACUCCGAGGACAAUGUUAUUGCUUCUGGCUCGAACUAUUCUGGAUCUACAAGGCCUGUAUCUUGGCUCCGCAAAUGCACGACCAAGAUUUUCAAAUUAUCCCCAAGUACAAAAACAGAUUCUGUCGGUACUUCAUAUAUGGGUGGGACAUCGCCGGAGUCUAAUGUAAAUGUUAAUAUAGAAAAAGUAGAAGAACAUACGGCAUCUCCUAAUAUAGAAGGACCAAUAAUUAAUGUUCCAGAACAACAGAUAGCAGGUGGAGUAGCUCUUCCCUCUUCUGAUACACCGCACUUCCAAUCCGAUAACAUUGUUAGAGAGGUGAAUAAUGAAUACUCUUUAUCCAUGGACGACAACAGCUACAUGGAAAGUUUGAUAGGUGGAGAUCCAGAUGAUUCUCAACAGUCAGUCCCAAAGGUUGGUCGAAAAAGACCUGUGAGGAAAGGCAAAUCUGGAAUUGCUAGAACACGCUCAGUGAAGGCUGUGGUUGAGGAGGCCAAGGAGUUCCUAGGAAAAACCUCAAAGGAAAAUGUGAGUUUGCAGUCUUAUGAUACUGAUCAUAUCAAAGAAAACAGUCGAGAAGAGUCCGGUCACACUGAGAACGUUAUUGGUAAAAGGCCGAGGAAGCAGCAACAUGCACAAACUUCCAGGAUUGUAGAAAGUGAGCAGAACACUGCUGAUAGUGAAGGACAUUCAGAUAGUAUCACAACUAGUAGGCGCAAGAAGAAAAGGGUAACAGUUCCUCCAUCCCCACAAGUUACUAGGGAGACACGAUACAAUCUCAGGCGGCAUAAGACUGCAGAUACAGUUUCAUCUGCACAAGAUUUGACUAAUGGAACGAAGAACGUCGUAAAAGAAGAUUCAGAUAGUAAACAGAAGGCAGGUGAUGAAAGUGUUAAAGCUGUAGUAGGUGAUGACAAUAUCCAAACCACAACUCUAGUGCAGGUAACAACUGUGGAGGUCAAAGAUGAUCGAGUUGUAAGGUUUGAAAUGCCAACAUACAUUAUUGAUGACAAUGGUGCUACAACCAACUCUGUGGACCAUGUUGAAGAAAGUGGUACACUGGAAUAUGGAGAUGAAGAUGGAAGCAUAAUCAAUGACAUUGAAAAUGAGGACAAAGGGGAGGAGGAAGAGGAAGAAGAAGAGGGAGAGGAGGAGGAAGAAGAGGAUCCUAGCGAGGUGUCUAUCGGAAAGAAGAUCCUGAAAUUUUUCACAACAUGA